GGUUACAAGUGGAAAAUGUCACUGGGCACUUUAAAGAAGAGAGAGGGGCGAGAAUGAGGAGACAGAGGGAUGAUUGACAGAGAAAGAGAGACAGAGGAAGAUUGCACAAGAGGGUGAGACAGUGAUGAGCGAGUAGAGAGAUAGAAAGAAAGGAAAUCUUCUUUAGUCGUCAGUGCAGCAAAGGAGGCGACAAUGUGUUUCCCUUCAGGAACCCUCUGCUACCUUUACUGACCACGGCUCUUCAGUCAUACUGCGAUCAUGGCCACGGAGAUCCUGGUGUCCUUAUACGUCCUGGUGGGUCUGUUCUCAGUGCAUGCAGCCCACUCUCACAAAGGCUCGCAAGGACUCUCCUGUGUGAACGACUUUGUCAACAAUGUCAGCUGUACGUGGGACGGCGCUCCCCUGGCUCCUGGUGUGGACUGCUGGAUCAUCGGUGUGAAGACAACCUGGAUCUUAAAGAACUACAUGAGAUAUCCCGGAACAAUUAUUCGAAGCUGCAAGAUGAAACGACACAGAAAAUCUCCCCCAGGCUGCAGUUUUGUCUUUGAAAAUGAAGAAUUCAACUCUUUCAAAGACAUGCCGUACAUCAGCAUGGAGUGUAACGGCACGUUGGUGGAGAACCUCACAAACUAUUCUCCAUACAAACACAUCAAAAUGCAUCCUCCAGGCGUCCCCAAUGUCAGCAUCACGGCCAAUGAGACGAGGAUAUCGUGGACUCCAGGCAGUCCUCGCUCUCACUUCAUCACAUCCUUUGACUUCCAAGUUCAGAUCACGGAGAAAAACAAGACAUGGAAUGAUGCCAACAUUCAGCCCACACAAGAACAAGAGCUAAGGAUACCUGCUGGGCGAUUUAAGGGGCACUGCCACGUCAGAGUGAGAGUCAAACCCAUUUCACAGCCGCACAAAAGCCACUGGAGCAACUGGAGUCCGACAGCAUCCUGGGUGGAAGCAACAGAUGUGGUGGUGACAUCACAGGGUGAAGAUUGGCUUCUGGGUCAGUCAUCACAGAUAAUGCGAGGAGUGAUUUUCAGCUUGGGUCUCAUCAUCAUAACACUGGUCCUUUACAAGAGUUGUGCAAACAGGGGGCUCCUCAAAGGAAAGCCAGUACCAAACCCCUCGAAAUACUUCCGCACUCUCCACUCUGACCACGGAGGGAAUCUAAAGAAAUGGCUGAAUCCUCUGUCAGCCUCUGAGUCGUUCUUCACGGCUCAGCCACAUGACCGCAUCUCGCCAGUUGAGGUGUGUGACAGCUGGGAUGUGGCCCCCUCCACCUCUCCCUCCUCUGGCUCCACCAGCGCCCUGCUCCACUUCAGCAGCUACCCCUCAGCUGGCUCGAACACCAGCAGGGUUGUUGACAAUUCCCCCUCCUCCUCCUCCUCCUCAUCCUGCUUCUCUAACAUGGGCUACUUCAUGUCAAGCUCCUCCGGCGGUUCAGCUCGAACUGACCCCAACCCUGUCUACUUCACCUAUAAGGAUGAUUUCCACAACCUGCACAACAGCCUACACCUCUCCCUCUGCCCUUCCUUCGACAUCUCACCAAUGUAUGAGAGCUUGAAGAGGGAGCCACAGAGCCCAGACUCUGGUUUUGGCAUCGAACAGGAAAAUGAAGAGGACAAGGAUGACAAAAGGGUCGUGGAUGUAGAGGGGAAAGAGGUUUCAAAUGAUCACCAGAGCCCUCCUCUUCUCAUCCUCCCUGUCCAUUUUCCCUCCCAUGUGUGCCCUCCCGCCUCUGCUCCACCUCCUCCCAACACUCCCAGUCUAAGUCAGGUAUACUGUGAAAGCCAGCAAGUAGAUGAACCUGUGGCAACUGCUGGUGGUAGCUACACAGCCUGGCCUAUGGCUGGUGCCAUGUGCAGGUCUUCCUCCAUGCCUGUGGAGACAGGUAAAACAGGGUAUCUAACCCUGAAAGAGCUGCAGACAACAUUCAGCAAUAAAUCCAUCUGAAAACUUGUCAUGAAUGUAGAAGAAUCCCUGUGUGAUGGUUGUAAAUUGUUUACAUCACAAACCUGACUGAUUGUUGUUUCUAAUAUGAUUGUGGAGUUGAACAUAUCUGACAGAAUAUUUGGCGUGUUCUUGUGCAGUUUUGACAAAGACAAAUGACCCUCUCCAAAGUCCCGCCCCCCCUUAGUUACUGUUGCUAGAUCGGACAAGCUUGACAAAAAGAAACAUGGCGACACUGGUUCUGUUUGGCUGCAAAGUGUAAGUGUUUCAUGGCAUCAGGCAAUAUAGAAGCAGACAGAUAGGAAUGCAGUAUAUAGUGGAAGGAUGUGUUGAUAUUGAACAAGGCACAAUGGUGCACAGUCUUCGAUGAAAAAGACAGAAGUUGAGACCGAGGAUGGCAAGACUGAGUCACUGACACUGCCGGAUCAAUGUCCCCUUUCCCCCUUCUGGAGAUCAGUAAAGCACUCUGUUUAUUUAUUACUGAAUAUAGAUCAUGGUGACCUAAAGUCUCUAUUUGCUGCAGAAAGUUACGCUACUUUGGGGCAGCGCGUAGCGUUAAGGCCGUGACACACCAAGCCGACAGUCAGCCGUCGACCAAGGUCGGGCCGUCGGUGAGCGUCUGUUAGCCUACUUUUUGCUCUGUGUCCUGCACCGUCAGCACUUCGGCGGCAGCAGCGGCUUUUUGGCCGAUUGAGCAUGUUGAAUUGGCAGCGGAGCUCGUCGGUGAGAGAGACCACUCUGAUUGGCUGUUCAGGUUUUUUUUCAUCGUCCCUGUAGCGAGUGAAUCUGCCUGUAAUGAAACCGGGGCUAACAGGUGCUUCCUCCUCAGGCUCCACUUCACUCAGCUGCCUGACAGACCGACUGCCUUUAACCUGAAUAACAAACCGGAGCUAGCUGGGAGCGGCUAGCGGAGCAUUAGCUGCAGCAUGACCGGAGGGAAGCACAGCCAGUUAGCCUCCGCUAGUCUCUGAGCUAGCCCCAGCUCUCCGUUUGGAUCCAACCGGUGCACCGAGCCCUGGUUUGUUAUUCAGGUUAAAGUGGGAAGAAGCAGCGGGUUUAUCGGGCAGCUGAGUGAAGCGGAGCCUGCGGAGGAAACACCGGGACCGUCUGGAUGUAAUAGUCCGUGGAGGUGCUGCGGUGCUCGGCUGCACAGACAGGAAACCCCUCGGCUGACAGGAUGUACCACUCUGUCACUCGGCCCUCUCUCACGCAGGCGCAGAACCUACGUGCCACUUGGCCGUCGGAUGUAGUCCGUGUAGUGUGUUCAAAUGCAACUGACACAGGGCAACGUGAGGCGACGUGAGGUGACGUUGACGACGCAACAGUUGGCUUUCGUUGCCGCUGGUUCUUUGAUGUCGGUUUGGUGUGUCCACACCUUUACAGAGAUGAUAUAAACAAAGGAACAUGAGCCUUGAUCUUUUCUUGCUGGUGACAAAUCAUGUCAUCUUAGGGUGCUUUCACACCUGCGAAACUCAAGUUCGUUUGCCCCCCAAGUGUGGUUCGUUUGGGCAGGUGUGAACACAGCAAUCGCACUCAGGUGAAAACAACCAGACUGAGACCUUCUUGAAGAGGUGGUCCGGUUGGAUCAUUUUCCGUUGUUUUGGUGCGCAUCUGAGUGUGAUGGCUGUGCUCUCACCUGCCCAAAUGAUCCGCAUGUAGGUGGCAAACAAACUUGAGUUUGAACUCUGAACUCUGGUGUGGUUCGUUUGUGGUGAGAACAUGUUCGACCUCAAUUCGAACCAACUGCGGUUGUGUAGGGAAAAAAGUUGAUAUAUCAUAAUCGGUUAUUGGUCAGCUGAGUUGUUACGUAUCAGCAUAUCGGAUAUUGAUAAAAAAUCCAAUAUCAUGCACCUUCACUUAGGAUGCAACUAAUCAAUGUAAUGUGUCUAUGAAGUUUGUGACAGUCCCCAGCCACAUCUGUUAACCAUCUUGAACAUUUGGCUUUCCUUUAAACAUAGAAAAGCCCAGCACAGAGCAUAUUAAGGGAAAUGUUGACUGAGGUUCUGCCGGGUUCCAAACUUGCUCAACAGAGCAAAAAGGGGCGGGACUUAGGAAUGGUCAACUGUGUUUUUACAAAUUCCAUGAUUUUUAUGUUUUAAACCUGCAUUUAUUUUUAAAUCAUUUUAGGUCAAAACUCUCACAUAAAGUUAUUCUGUUAACUACAAGUGUUGCUGGAGUUUUCACCUCUUUAACUCCUUUCCCUUCUCCAUGCACCUUGGACGUAGGUGCAGUUGUGCCAAAAAAACCCCACCCUGCUUCUGCUUGAUUCAAGUUUUGGUCACUUGGAAGACAAAACAAUCCGAGAAUGUAUAACUGACAUAUUGUAACUGUAUUAAGUGUUUUCUGGGAACGUCUUAGCACACAGUUGCUUGUUUACACAGCGAACUGACAUUGAGCUAUGUUAGCAUUUACUCUGAGUCAUGUCUCUGGCCACUUGAUUGUAAAUCUAAUAUUCCUUCUCUUCUUUUUGCUCUGUUUUGGUCUCCACCAGCUACUGGCUCCUUAACUGCUAAAUGCUCCACUGUGUGCAGUUUUUUGCUAAAAACUGCUGCUGGAAACAAGAUUAAUGAGUGCGGUGAGACUGAGCCAAAACAGUGAAGUAAACGGAAAACAAUGCACGAAACUCGCUAAAAUGUUCCAUCGAAGUGAGGGGAACUGGGUCGGGUGAUUAUUCUGUACUGGUAUGUCUCUGUUAGAAACCCCUUUCACAUUACACAGUCAUUUUAUUAAUAACUGAUAUAAAUAUUUAACUGGAGCAGCUUUGAAAUGAAGUUUUUUAUGCUGUAUUUGUUGCUAUAAUGACUCCAAAUUAACAUUAGAUUGACUGUGCUGACUAAUAACAAUAACUGAACAGGAAUCUGUGCUCAUGAGAUUGUGUAAGAUAUAAGUACAUGUGAGAACGGAGUUUAAAGGGAAAGUCUGACACACACUGGAAAUAAUUAUUUGGUCCAUUUUGUCAUGUGUACAUAUUUCAAUUACAUAUUAAAUUUACAUCCACGAGUCAAGUAAUUCUAACACAAAUGGAAAAAGUGCCAUUUAUGUAAUUAAAUCUAUUAAAACUGAGAUGAAUAGACUGAGAAUUUGUGUAACCAAAGCUCAUACAAUUUAGUUAAUUUACUUUAGUAAAAUUUGUGUAAUUACUGUCAAUAAAUUCUAUGUAUCUCCAAUAUAUUGACAGUAAUUACCUAACCUUUAAUAAAUUCAACAUAUUUCAAAUACACAGAAUGUAUUUACAAUUAUUAUGUAAACUUUAUUAAAGUAAAUUAGCUAAAUUCUUUGAGCUAUAGUUACAUAGAUUCUUACAGUGUAAUCAUCUCAGUUUCAUUUUAUUUAAUUACAUAAAAUGUAUUUUUGGUUUAUGUCAGGAAUCCUUAUCUCAACUGGAUGGAUAUUUUAUAUGCGAUUAAAAUACGUAAACCUGACAAUAGACUAACACCUCGUUUCCACUUACGUAUGUGUACGGAGACAAGGCAACCAGAAGCCCAUUCAUUCCUACUCCUCCCCUUCGUAAUAUUUCAGUCUGGACUUUUGCCUCAAGUAUGUUAAAAAACUGAGCUUUUGCGGUGGAUUUCGGAGAAACCAUAUGACAGCGUGCUAGCUUAGCUAACAAGCUGCUAACUGGCUAACAGACUAUUUUCAUAUUCAGUUGCCUGUGUUGAUUGUCAAAUGAGUUUGUUUGAUAAAAAAUGACUUGUUUAUCUAUUCUAUUAUCUAUAUCUAUUUUUAUUUUUAUCAUAAUCGCAGCAGUGUUAAAUAACAACCUGACUUUGAGCCAAAUGGCGAGUGAAAACUGACCAGUUGUGUAAACUGUUUGUAGACUGGGACCGCUGGGUCUAUAUGUAGCAGAUACGUGUGUGUAGGGUGGUGUACGAUACCUCACUGUUGAAUGUGUACAAUACUGCUGAACUCCUACUUAAACCAUCUUUUUGUUUGUUUGUUUCAAUUAGCUAUACUGCAUUAGUAUUAAAAUACUAUAAACUGCCAAGUGAUGCAUGAAGUAGACGUUACUCUAGGCUAAAUGCUGCUGUCAGUUAUUAACGACACUCUUUUUAUUAAAAAAAAAACCACAGGCAAAAAAAUCCAGUAGUUCUGUAGCCUACUUUGCUUUUCAUUACUUUAACCUAAAUCUUACAGACAUACUACUGAUAUCAUUUAAAAAAAUCAUUCCUACAGGCAGAUAUGGAAUUUCGAAAAGCAGUAAAACGUGAUUUGAUUUUGUAAAAAGUACUAAAUACAUUUAAUAAAGAACAUAUGAGCAUUGCUUCAGAGAAGACUUUGGAGACAUUGUUUGUAAUCGCUCACAUGACCCAACCUGGUGUUUAAGUGUCUGAAACUGACGCAUUUGUGCAUUAAAUUCAUUGAUUGUGGUCUGAUCUGAAUGUCAAGAAAGGCACUGAUGUUUUUAUUGGUCAGUCUCAUUUGUUUGUUCAUCUUUAUCACUGAUUUCAUCCUGAUAAAGGUGAGACACCCCAGCUGAAAAUAUCAACACUGGUCAAGUUUGAGAUUUUGGGCUAUAUUGCUUCCAUAACAUGUUUUCUUUAAGACUGGUGGAAGUUCAGAAGUUUUAGUUCAGAUAUCUGUUCUGGAAAUGUAUGCCAAAAAUGUGCAUUUCAUGAGAUAAUGCUUCAUAUGCAUAUUCAAAUAUCAGUAAAGUUGUAAUACAAUAAAUAAUUGUCUUGAUUUAAGCAAUCAACUUGGGAAGUUUCAUGGUGAUAUCUUGGCUACUAGUUACAUUUUUUAGCCCAUACACCGUUAAUGGAAUACAUAUUUUAAAGGCUGUUCGAAGGUCAAAAUGAGUUUCUCCUCAUACUCUGAGCCAGAAAUCUCUUCUUCAAUAGCACUUAAACACAUCAGACUGUCCAGUUUUAUUCCUGUCUAUAUCCAAAAGCUUUUUACAGAGGGGUUAGUUCAUAUAUCAUUCAUAGCCUGAUUUAUUUCACUUUUUUCCCCCACCUAAAAACAUGGCAAAAAUGGAUUUUUAUGCUGUAUUUUCUGAUUAAUGGAGUGAUCAGAAGGGAUAUCCAAACUCUGUAAAAACCUCUCAAAUGUAAUGUAAAAUAAACAGGAAUUUUGAACCCGGCUUCAUCCAGUGUUCAGAUUUUUGUUCUGGAACUUCAUGCAAAUUAGUGCAUCUCUAGCUAACGUUAGCUAAAGUUAGCCUAACGUUAGCUCCUAGCUGCGUUGUUCAUCAUGUCACCUUGUUUGCUGGGAGUUCAUUAGCCUAUUUUGUUCUAGUUUUGUACUUUGGUGAUGGUACAUCAUUGUUAGCUGUUGUCCAAAGGGCUCUAGUUAAGCUAACGUUAACUUCUGGAGCUUAGCUUCAUUAACUUAUCUGUAAUGGCAGAGAUAACAAAGGUUGGCAAACGUUAUGCUGAAUGAUUCAGUGUAAAUACUGUAGCACCAAACUAACGGAGAGACACUCUUGGUAAGAAUGGUAAAAAGUAGGGAUGGGUCACAAUUUUCGAAUUUUCGAAUAGUCGUUUUAUUUUGAAAAAUUGAUUUUUUAAUGCCACUAUUACUAUUCACUGUCUUAUUUCCCCCCUUUAUUUGACAUGCAAUUCAGCUCCUAACUGCACGAGGGCAGUAUAGGAUUGCUACAAUGGUGUGAGAUGGGCUACCAGCUAGUUUGAUGCUCUUCUACAAACAGGAGAAACAUGCAGAGACUACUACAGUCAUCAAAAAGUUCCGUGUGGAACAACUUCGACAAAAUAAACGAAAAUGAGGUGCAGUGCAAACUCUGUGAGGCAAAGCUUGCGUAUCACAUGUCUACAACAAGUAUGCACAGUCAUUUGAGAGCGAGGCACGGCGAGGGACCGUACGGCCGGGCUCACCGCUACACGUGUUUCUAGUGGGACUAUGUUUACGAGCACAAGAGUUCAGCGAGUCACCGAAGGACCGCCCUGCAGAUUUACUAUUGGUUCUGCAACAUAGGGAGUUUUUUUAAACUCUGAAAUUGUAUCCGCCCAUCUAAACACAAAAUCAGGGAGAAAGUCAUCAGUCUUUAGUUAAGCAAAGCGUCUAAAGACUGACUUGUGAGUCUAGUAAGCAAUCAACUUGGGAAGUUCACUGUGAUAUAUAGGCUACUAGUUAAAACAUGUUUUCCUAGUCACCUGAAGUGCCUUAUUUUUUGUCUAAAAAUGUAUGGAAUAUUGCAAUACAUAUCUUUGACAGUCAUUUUCUCAAAUAAAAAUUAAAUGAUAGCAUCAAUACUCAAUUAGUUUAGUUUAAUUAGUCAUACUCAGAAGCAGAAAUCUCUGAAGUAGCACUUACAUAAACCAAACUUUGCAGUUUUAGUCCUGUUCUGAAGGUUUUUACAGAGGGGUUUGUUCAUAUAUCUUUCACAGACUGAUUCAUAAAACAUUUUAUUCCUAAAAACAUGUCAAAAAUAGAUUUUCUUGUGGAAACCUCCGUAAAAACCUUUGACUCUAAUUUGUCAUCAAAAUUAAACAGAAAUUUUAAACCUGGCUUUGUCCAGUGUUCAGAUAUUUGUUCUGGAAAUCCAUGCAAAGUUGUAAAAUUUCAGAAAACUUGUGAUUCAAAAAAUGACUGCCUUGGGGAGUUUCAUGGUGAUACCUUGGCUAUUAGUUAAAAAACAUUUGGUGUCUUAUUUUUUGUCAAAUAAUUACUUUCACAGGGCGUCGGUGGCUUAGUGGUAGAGCAGACGCCCCAUGUACAAGGCUGUUGCCGCAGCGACCUGGGUUCGACUCCAACCUGUGGUCCUUUGCAGCAUGUCACUCCCUCUCUCUCCCCCUUUCACACUUGUCUGCCCUAUCAAAUAAAGGCUAAAAAUGCCCCAAAAAAUAUUUAAAAAAAAAAAAAAAGAAUUACUUUCACAAUACUUAUCUUUGAAAGACGUUUCCUCAUAAUGAGUUUUUUCCCAUACUCUGAGCCUGAAAUCUCCUCUUCAGUAGCACUUACAUACGCCAAAUUUUGCAGCUUUAGUCCCAUUCUGAAGGUUUUUACAAAGGAGUUUGGUCAUAACUCAUUAAUAGCCUGAUUUAUAAAACAUUUUAUUCCUAAAAACAUGGCAAAAAUACAUUUUAUGGCUGUUGAGAGUAUUUUCUGAUUU